AAAUUCUAUUAUCAUUUUAUGUUAUAAAAAAAUAAUUACCAAUUUUUUUUCUUCAAAAAAAAAUUAAUUAAUAAAUAAGAGAGAAAAAAAGAUCUGUUAAUGGCGUCAGUGGCUGCGUGGCUCCCGUUUGCCCGUGCCGCUGCAAUCGGCUGGGUACCGAUAGCCAGUAAUCCAUUACCAGCACCACCAGUCACUGGCCGUGCAAGACGUGAUGAUGAAGAAAAAUUCAUCAUUAACGUAUCAGGCCGUCGUUUUGAAACGUGGCGAAAAACCGUUGAAAAAUAUCCGGACACAUUAUUAGGCUCAAAUGAACGGGAAUUUUUCUACGAUGAACAACGGCGUGAAUAUUUUUUUGAUCGUGAUCCUGAUCUGUUUCGUCAUAUACUCAAUUAUUAUCGAACGGGUAAAUUACAUUAUCCACGACAUGAAUGUCUGAUGAGCUAUGAUGAGGAGCUAGCAUUUUUCGGCAUCAUUCCGGAUGUAAUUGGUGAUUGUUGUUAUGAAGAUUAUCGAGAUCGUAAAAGAGAGAAUGCUGAACGUAUGAUGGAUGAUCGGAUGGAAGAAUCCGAAACAAUGAUGAGAGAUGCCACCAAAGGUUCCAUACGACAACAAAUGUGGCGUGCAUUUGAAAAUCCUCAUACAUCAACCGCUGCCCUAGUGUUCUAUUAUGUGACCGGUUUUUUCAUUGCAGUAUCUGUUGUUGCGAACGUUGUUGAAACAGUUCCAUGUACACAUAAAGAAGGCAAUCCCGAAUCAAAAGUAUCGUGUGGUGAUACAUUUAAAGUAGCGUUCUUCUGUUUGGAUACUGCCUGCGUGAUGAUAUUCUCAUGUGAAUAUAUGUUACGUUUGUAUGCUGCACCGUUACGUUGUAAAUUCAUGCGAAGCGUCAUGAGUGUCAUCGAUGUUGUCGCCAUUAUGCCAUAUUAUAUUGGUUUAUUUAUUAAAGAUAAUGAUGAUGUUUCCGGAGCAUUCGUCACCCUGAGAGUAUUCCGUGUUUUUCGUAUAUUUAAAUUUUCACGUCAUUCACAAGGAUUACGUAUCCUUGGCUAUACGCUUAAAAGUUGUGCAUCUGAGUUAGGCUUUUUAGUGUUUUCAUUAGCGAUGGCUAUCAUUAUAUUCGCCACCGUGAUGUUCUAUGCCGAAAAGAAUGUGACCAAAACAACCUUUACGAGCAUUCCAGCAGCAUUCUGGUAUACCAUUGUUACAAUGACUACUCUAGGUUAUGGUGACAUGGUACCGGCAACAAUAACCGGUAAAAUUGUCGGUGGUGUUUGUUCUUUAAGCGGUGUGUUGGUCAUUGCCUUGCCAGUACCCGUAAUUGUAUCAAAUUUUUCUCGUAUUUAUCAUCAAAAUCAACGUGCUGAUAAACGAAAAGCUCAAAAGAAAGCACGAAUGGCUCGUAUACGAAUUGCCAAAGCGACAAGCGGUGCCGCAUUUUUAAGUAAAAAGAAAGAAACUGAGGCUCGAUUGGCUGCACAGGAGAAUAAUUUAAUGGAAAAUGGGGCCACAUCGGAAGAUAUUUUCGAGCUUCAACAUCAUCAUCUAUUACAAUGUCUGGAACGUACAACAGAUCGAGAAUUUGUCGAGCUUGAUGCACCAUUCAAUGGUCAGCCAAAUCGAUUAUCCUCGACACCGCCAAUAUCUCCAGUGACUUCAAUAGCAAUUGUGCCAACUAAAAGUACAUUUCGACGAUUAUUAGGAUCUUGUUGUAAAAAGAGUGAAAAUUAUGAGAAACAUGAUGCUAUCGAACAAGAAGAAUUAAGUCCAUUAUCAACAUUAACAAAUAAUAAUAAUAAUCCAAAUCUGGAAGAUUCAAAAGAAUCAAGUAGUAAAUUAAAACAAAAAAAUCAACAGCAACAACAACAACAACAAAGUCACAUGUUUCCAUUUGGAUCAACAUCUACAACUGAAAAACAACAACAACAACAACAACAAUCGCCUCAAUCAACUGAUGGUAUAGGUUAUGAUAAAGCUUCAAAUACACCAUCCACAACAACAACAACAUCGAUGACAAAAAAACCAAAUACAAGUCAAUUUAGUGUAUCAACUGUAGUACAUGUUCAAAAUGAAAAUAAUACACAACCAACGACAACAACAACAAUUAUCGGUCAAUCACAAUUACCGUCUUCCGAUGAUCUAACGACACAAAGUGAGAAUAAUAAUAUCAUUAAUCAAAGAGGUCCAUCAACAAAUUUAACGACAACAUCAUUGCAGCCGGAAUCAUCGAUUGAUGAUCCAAUUAAUAUUCCAUCUACAUCAUCCGGACAUCCCGAAUUAACUGUUGUUCGUAUAUCAAAAAUAUGAAUUGAAUUUUUUUUCAAUGAAUUCAUUUCAGCGAAAAAAAAAUAAAAAUAAUAAAUGUAAAGCCAAAUCAAACAAAACGAUAAUUUGAUUGAUCAAUUCUUGAUUGUUA